AUGGCCGAACCUAUUGGCAUAGCGUCUGGGUUAUUGACAUUGGCUGCUUUCGCCUUUCAGUCGAGCGUUACCCUCUACGAGACAAUCAAAACUUUUAACUCGCAUCAAACACGCGUGCGCGACCUCCUCGACGAAAUCCAGGCCUUGAUUGAAGUCUUGGGUCCGCUUAACGAAACAAUCAAGAACACGGCGGGAGCAGGUCUGUCGGCGCUCGACCUUCCUUUGAAAAGAUGUGGCGAAGCCUGCAAAUAUUUUGAGCAAGAAAUUUUAAAGUGUUUAGCGCGGUCCGCUGGCAACCGAACGAGCUUUCGUGAUUGGGCACGAUUGAGGUAUAUGAGCGACGAUAUCGAUGGUUUCAGACGACUGCUUGCCGGAUAUAAAAUGACUAUUAACAUUGCCCUGACUGACGCAAGCCUUCGCCAGUCUACCGCCACCGCCGAGAUUCUUACAAGCCAUAAACUCCUAAUCGAAACAGCCAAGGAUGAUCUUCAAGCUCGUCUUGAGAGCAUCGACGAAAAGGUCCAACUUCAAUUGAACCAGACAAUGACAGAUUCCAGUUUAGAUUCGUCCGAACUGAACCUGAUGAAGGAGGAACGACUGAGCACAGAAAAAUGUCUUCAAAUCUGUGCUAGUUUAUCAGACCAUAUCGACCAGCUUCUGCUCAAUCCAAAAAGAGGCAGUAAUCUUUCUGGCCCGCUCGAUCCGGAUGAUUCACCCGAAAGUAUUACCAACGGGGGCCUCCAAGAAUGCAAGGAGAGCCUAGUUGCAACAUCCGCAAAACUGGAGGGCCAUAUGCGGAAGCUCAUGCACCGAAUUAUAGAAAAGUCGGAAUCUAGCAUGGCAUCUAGUGACGACCUUGUGGAUCUGUCACGGCUGCAGGACGAGUGGGAGACGACACGUCAGUGCAUCGAUAUCUGCUCCAAGGCGGAUACCCACUUACAAGUUACCACGGUGGAUAACUACGCCACAGGUGAUUCGGUCCAAUUCAUGGUCUCGGCUAAUGGACAAGUAUUUCAUGGUAAAAACCGUGGUCUUGGCUGGAAGAACAGGCAAGUGGGAGGUCAUAUGAGUGAUGAUUCUAUACAACAGUUAUCCCGGGAUAUGACUAGCGCCAAUUUCCGAAGCACUGCAAAUCAAGACAUGCUUCCUGAAGGUAAUCCAACACCUAAUGUUGGCGGAGAAAAUAAAACGGCAGAAUACAGCGAACGGUAUGGACGAGGCUUUAUACUUACUCCACAGCCUCCUCCAGGCGACUCUGUGGCACCCACAAACUCACCACAACGUUAG